AUGACAGUGAUAAGCCCUCGGCAACGAUCGGCAAGCAGGUUGACUGAAGGGAAUGACCCAGCGGCUGCUGCUGCAUACAGCCGACUGCUGGAGAACUUCAUGUCCCCGGACUUCGAUGUGGCAGAGUUUGUACGAGAGAUGGUAGCUAACGCGGAGAGCAAAGGAAGUAGUUCGCCCAGUGGAGGUGCUACUCCUCGAAGAAGGAGCCAAUCAGCAGGUGGUGGAGCUGUUGGGGCAGUGAUAGCCCAGCUGGACCAAGCCAUAUUCACGGUAGAUGAGCAGCUUCGUAGUAAAGUGGCAGAUUGCUACGAUCAGCUCUUGCUCAACGACACGACGGAUCUGGACCGGGUGGACGGCGAGCUUGGGCAAAUCCGGGAAUCUGUUGCUGUACUGAGAGCCACGCUGGACAAUGUACAGACUGAGGCAUUGGCUCCGUUCAAAGUCAUAAAGAGAAGGUUGGACACGCUGGAGAGAGCCCAAAAGGCAGCAGCUCUAGUGAGAAGCACUCAGAAGUUGCUCCUGGGAGUCCGGAAACUGAGGAUGCAAAUGCAAGCGGCCAACGCGGAAAGUUCAUCAGCAUUUGAUGGUCGGCCGAGCCUUGGGCCGCAUUCUGCCAAAGCUGCUAUCCUAGCUUAUGGGCUCCAGAUGUGUUGCCUCCCUACGGAAGGUAGAGCGUGUGCUGCUGCAGUGGUAUCAAAUGUGGACGCGUUCGCCCUGCAGGUGCCUGAAGAGAACUCUGCUCAAGGAGAUACAGUCAACUUGGAGCAGUUUUGGAGAGUAGCUGAAAGACUCGCCGAGGCCAUUGUACUCUUUGGGAGGCCUGUCGAGAUGCUCGAUGAACUAGUACGGCUCGGUGUUGACCCACUUACGCAGAAGCCCUUCAUGUCGUCAUUCCAAGAGGCCGAAGCUGAGCCGAUCUCACGAGCUGCAUGGGAAGCUGUUGCCGAUGGACUUGCAGUUAAACGUCUGAAGCAUGCCCACACGACGAAUCGGAAUCUGCGAGCGGGGAAGGCAAGUCAUCUCAGUGUUCUCUCGUCGAUCCAAUGA